CUUUUUCUCACUCGUCUUCCUUUUCUUCUUCUUCUUCAUCUUCACAACAACACCAACAACAAAAAAUCUUCUCUACACAAAAAUUUUAUUCAAAGAAUCUCAAAGAUGUACAACGAAUGCAGCUCCCCCUCUUCCGCCGCUAGAUCAACGAGAGGCCACAGAAUGCGAUCUCCCAUCUGCUGCUUAGGAGCCAACGCCGUGGUUGAGCCUGAAGCCAUGAUCGGAUCAAGAACUCCCAAAUCUCCUUACGAGUGGCUCAAAUCAACCGCGCAGGAGCUCGAGAUCAGAGAUCGCUGCCGCCGCGUCAAGACUCGCAUCAAGGUCACGUGCCGCAACAGCAACUGCGCUCAUCAACACCAUCAUAAUCAUCAUCAGAGGCACCAGAGCCAGAGCUAUCCUUCUGUGGAUUUCAGCUACGAUCCGUUGAGCUACGCGCUCAAUUUCGAGGACGACGUGCGAGCGUACGAGGAUGUUUCUUUUCCGAAUUUCACGGCGAGGCUGCCUGCGUCUCCGGUGGCGAAAAGAUCGGCGACGGUUGAUUUGAUCUCGUUCUGAUCGUUUAUUAGUUUAUAACGCGCGGCGGAAUUAUAUAAAUGUUCCUCUGUUGUGCUUGGGGUAUGAAUACGACGUCGUUAAUAUAAAUGUAAAUGCUCUUUUCGCAUAUAGAUUGAUGUUGUGCAAAAGGAUUAAAUAAACAUUUUCUUUUAUCUCUCUCUAA